GGCUCGAGGUACCAGCUACUCUAUGUGACCCUUUUGCUCCGCCAAUUGAAGCAGCUCCGACCGGCCUGACUUUAGCAAAGUGGUCUUCUAAUAAUGAAAUUUCGAAGCCCCAGUCUUCCUUGAUCAACUCCAGGUUUUUUGGAAGUUCAUUCUUGCUAUUAUUCACACAAAUACGAGCCCAGAACCGAUGCACUUUAUGCUUGGUAUCCUCAUCAAUUCCGACGUAACCGCCACACUUGUCGCCGAUGAAUUUGAAUGUAUUUGAAGUCCAUGCGUGGAGUGGGAUUCCGAAGGCUCUCAGCCAUCUAUGCUCUGAUGUUUUCCUUGUCAUCACUGUUCCGGCCACCGGAGGCCACCAUUCCAGGGACAAUCUCCUUCCAUUCCAAAACCAAUCACCAGCUAUGACUCUGUUUGCCUCUAGCCUGGAUGGAAACUCGAACAUAAACUGAUUAUGGCUGAUCGGUGUGAUUCUGAGCCCAGCUGUGACCUGCCAUCUGCUAGCGAACCAUUUUUGAAUCACCGCCGAGUUUGGGCUAAAGUUGAAGGGGUCGUUGAAUUGGCCUAUGAGUCACUUCGACAAGAAGGUCUCUUUAAUGAGGAGGGGAAGCUUCUAGGUUCUGCCAGUAGCCCAAUACAGAUAUGGAAAGACGGUGACUGUGUUGAGCAAUCCUCGACUGAUAUUUGGCUAGCAAUCUGCACUGCUGUAAAAACAGCAUGUUCCCUCGGAAAUGUUUCCAAGGAAGAAGUUAAGGGACUGGGGUUUGCUGCUACUUGUUCUCUUGUUGCUGUUGAUUCUGAGGGUGAACCUGUCACGGUUUCAUGGAGUGGUGAUACUAGAAGGAACAUCAUAGUGUGGAUGGACCAUAGGGCUGUAAAACAAGCUGAGAGGAUCAACGCCUCUAACUCACCUGUAUUGCAGUAUUGUGGUGGAGGCGUAUCCCCCGAGAUGGAGCCACCAAAGCUCUUGUGGGUGAAGGAAAAUCUCCAAGAAUCCUGGUCGAUGACAUUUAGGUGGAUGGAUCUAAGUGAUUGGUUAACAUACAAAGCAACAGGAGAUGACACGAGGAGUCUAUGCACCACCGUCUGCAAAUGGACAUAUCUAGGCCAUGCACAUAUGCAGCAGAUAAAUGAGAAAGAUUCCCGUGAUAUGGAAGCUUGUGGAUGGGAUGAUGAAUUCUGGGAGGAGAUUGGUUUAGGUGAUCUUGUUGAUGGACAUCAUGCUAAGAUAGGCCGAAGUGUAGCAUUCCCUGGUCAUGCAUUGGGUUCGGGUUUAACACUGGAUGCUGCAAAGGAAUUGGGUUUGAUGGCUGGGACACCAGUAGGUACUGCACUGAUAGAUGCUCAUGCUGGUGGUGUCGGUGUAAUGGAAAGUGUGCCUGCAUCAGAUUCUGAAUCUAUAGUCGAUGAGGAUGCUAUAAGUAGGCGUAUGGUGCUCGUAUGUGGUACUUCCACAUGCCACAUGGCUGUAUCCAGGACAAAGUUAUUCAUACCUGGAGUUUGGGGACCUUUCUGGUCAGCAAUGGUGCCUGAGUACUGGCUCACUGAAGGAGGACAGAGUGCCACUGGUGCAUUGCUAGACUAUGUAAUUGAAAAUCACAUUGCAUCUCCACAUCUUGCAAAUCGUGCUGCAUCUCGAAGAAUCUCAAUAUUUGACUUGUUGAAUGAGAUAUUGGAAUCAAUGAAGCAAGAUGAGGGGUCACAAUUAAUAUCUGCAUUGACCAAGGAUAUGCAUAUUCUUCCAGAUUUUCAUGGUAACAGGUCCCCAGUUGCAGACCCGAAAUCAAAAGGGAUGAUUUCUGGUUUAACGCUUGACACUAGUGAAAAGCAGCUGGCACUUCUCUACCUUGCGACAGUACAGGGCAUUGCAUAUGGAACCCGCCAUAUAGUAGAGCACUGCAAUGCUAAUGGACACAAGAUUGACACCCUACUUGCCUGUGGUGGACUUGCAAAGAAUCGCCUAUUCGUUCAAGAACAUGCAGAUAUUAUUGGUUAUCCUAUCAUUCUUCCUCGCGAAAAUGAAUCUGUGCUAUUGGGGGCUUCUAUUCUUGGUGCUGUUGCUUCAAAGAAAUAUCCUACUGUUCGUGAGGCCAUGAAAGCAAUGAACGCAGCUGGUCAGGUUGUGUAUCCAUCUAAAGACCCAAAAGUGAAGAAGUACCACGCUGCCAAAUAUAGCAUCUUCCGCGACCUUUAUGAGCAGCAACAGAAGCAUCGUUCACUUAUGGCCGAGGCGUUGGCAUGAAGCCUUUCCUUCAUCACAUUGUUGUCACGCGUUUGGUACCCAAAAGUGAAGUACCCCCUUCCUCCUGCAUUUCUUUGACCAUUGUGUGGUGUAUAAAAGGCAUUUGGAAAUGUAUCACUAAUUCAGCAAUUAUCAAGUGUACAGCUGAUCUUUUUUUUUUUGACCUGUGCAUGUCAUAUGAUUUUAUUUUU